GCAGGAUGGCAUUUUUUAAGAAAGGCCCUCCUGGGAAGAGAGGUAUUGGGAUUGGGGCUUUCAACCUCAAAGCAUCAGAAGAACCUGAACAAAUCACCCCUAAUUCAGAGUUUAUUCCCAAAGAAAAAGAAAGUAAACGUCCAAAACAUCAGCCAUCAGAACCAACAAGGAAACUCCCCAAACUUACUGAUAAAGACUACGACGAAAUAAGACAGUACGAAGAGUCACAAAGAAAAUCGAGCAGUUCUGGUUCAAAGAGUCCCAGAAGACGAAGAUCGAGAAGUCGUUCUCCUAAGAAACGAUCUCGGUCACCACGGAGGAGAUCCAGGUCUCCUAGACGACGCAGCAGAUCACCUAGACGACGCAGCAGAUCACCAAGAAGACGAACUAAGUCUUCAUCUAGAUCACCAAGAAGACGAACUAAGUCUCCAUCUAGAUCACCUCCAAGACGAACUAAGUCUCCAUCUAGAUCACCUCCUAGACAAUCGUCCACGUUUAAGGAGGUUCCAGAAAGUUCUGAAGGAAGAAGGACUUUCUCUGAAGCCCCAGCGAAAAGGACCUUUUUUUCUGAAGCUCCAGCUAAGAGAACCUUCUUGGAAGCUCCCACUAAGAGGUCGUUUUAUGAAGCUCCAGCCGCUAAAAGCACUCUAGGUGGGUUUGAAGAUGAUGAGUUGUUAGCAUACGCAGAGCAAACGAUCGAGGAAGAGUCCAAGGAAGAGACUCCAGCUGAGGAAGAGUCGGAUGAAGAUGAUCCGUUAGAUGCCUUUAUGGCUGGCAUUGAGACGCAAAUUAAGAAGCAAGAUGAGAAGAAAAAGGUCCAAGCCGAGGAAGCAGAAGAUGCUAAUUCAUCAAAGGGACAACGAUGUGACAUAGACGAUGAUGAUGAUCAGGAGUCCUAUUUCAAAGCAAUGGAAGAGAACCCUAACUUUGUGUCCCCAGAAGACGAAGAAGACAUGGAGGUGGAGUAUGAUGAAGAUGGUAAUCCUAUCUACACCCCCAAGAAGAAGAUUAUCAUACCUUUAGAACCUAUAGAUCACUCCACUUUUACCUACCCACCAUUUGGUAAAGACUUUUACAAGGAACACUCCGAGAUAGCCUCACUCAACGCACUUCAAGUUGUAGAACUGAGAAACAAACUAGGGUUGAGGGUGUCCGGGCAUAAUCCACCAAAACCUGUCUCUAGUUUCGCUCAUUUUGGGUUUGAUUCUCAGACUAUGGCUACUAUUAGGAAACAAGAGUACACGAAACCUACUCCCAUACAAGCUCAGUCAAUACCAGCUGGGUUAUCAGGUCGAGAUGUGAUAGGUAUUGCCAGGACUGGUUCAGGUAAAACAGCAGCCUACCUGUGGCCCAUGAUACCGCACAUCAUGGACCAGGAGGAACUGAAACCUGGUGAUGGUCCUAUUGGUAUUGUGUUAGCACCCACCAGGGAACUCUGUAUCCAGAUACACCAGGAGUGCAAGAAGUUCACUCGAGCGUUCCGUCUGAGGGUAGUGUGUGCAUACGGAGGGGGUAAUAUGUACGAGCAAGAGAAGGCGCUGACUGCGCAGUGUGAGAUCAUUGUCGCUACCCCUGGACGACUCAUUGAUUUCAUCAAGAAGAAGAAAGUUGCCCUAUCACGUGUCACAUAUUUGGUUCUAGACGAAUGUGAUCGUAUGUUUGAUCUUGGUUUUGAGCCCCAAGUUUCUUCUAUCGUACAGCAUUGCCGACCAGAUCGCCAAAUAUUGCUCUUCAGUGCGACUAUGAAGAAUAAAAUAACAAGGCUCUGUCGACAGCAUCUUGAGAGUCCAAUACACAUCCAAGAGCAGCACGGAGCCGGUUCAGCAAACCAAGACGUCACCCAAAUCACCUACACCUACUCCAAACUGGAGGACAAGUUCAGAUGGCUACAAACUCGUCUGGUAGAGUUCACAUCGUCUGGGAGCGUGUUGGUGUUUGUUACUCGGAAGGUUAACAGUGAGGAGUUGGCUGGCAAACUCCGUAGAUUCGAUUAUUCUCUGGGGUUGUUACACGGUGAUAUGUCACAGUAUGAGAGAAAUGAGAUAUUGUCUAGUUUCAAGAAGCAGGAGUUUAGGAUAUUGGUCGCUACUGAUGUCGCAGCCCGUGGUUUGGAUAUAAAGGAGAUAAAAACAGUUAUUAACUACGACGUAGCACGUGACAUAGACACACAUACACACAGAGUAGGCAGAACUGGUCGUGCGGGCGAGAAGGGCACUGCGUAUACCCUCCUUACUAAGGCUGACAAGACCUUUUGUGGCGAUCUCGUCAAACAUCUGGAAAUGGCAUGUCAAGAAGUGCCCCGAGAUGUUCUAGCACUUGCCAUGCAAGAUCCUAACUUCAAGAAAGGGCGUGGCAAUCCCCGCAAAGGAUUUGGUAGAGGUGAUGAGAAACUGAGACCAGGGUUGGGUGCUGGUUCAGCCCCUCCUAUGGCUAUUGAGGGUCCAAUGUCUGCCCGACAAAAGUUUGGUGGUAUGAACGCGCUCGGUGGUCAGGGCACUAGAGCGACAGAGAUGAAAGAUGCCAUGAAGUCAAACUACUUGUCCCGGUUCUCAAAAGCGAGCGAUAAUAUUCAGAAAGGUUUCCGACCAGGAGACAAGGCUUUUGUUAAACCAGCUAGUAGCGGUUAUGCAGGAUUCGCUAAAGCCACUCCAGCUGCACCUAGUCCAGCGUUGCCGCUUGUAACACCAGGACAGAAUCCAGGCUUCAAGGCUCCAGCUGCACCAACCCCGAAAGCACCCUCCGCGAAAGCUAAGAAGAGUCGCUGGAAUUGAUCAAUAAAAUCACAUACAGACAACCCUGAACUCGCUAUGAACUAACUUUGAUAUGAGUUUCGCAGAAUUUUAAGAAAUUUGUUCUGGUGCACUUGCGAAGUGUUGAUUUCUUAAUGUUCAUCUUUAAGUUGUAUAUUUCAUAAGUUAUGUUUUACGAAAUGAGAUUUUU